CUCCGGGCGGGUGGCUUGUUGAUAACAUGGCGACAGCAGCUGCCCGGGCAUCCCGAGGAGGCGGCAGCGCCCACACCCGGAAGAAGGGGCUGUUUUCGGGCUAGUGCGGCGGCUCCUGCGGACCCGGAAGUCCCAGCCAGCUGCUGAAUGAGGGGAGCAGGGUCCUCCCCGCGACAGUCCCCCCGCGCCCUCCGCCCCGACCCGGGCCCCGCCAUGUCCUUCUUCCGGCGGAAAGUGAAAGGUAAAGAGCAAGAGAAGACCUCAGAUGUCAAGUCCAUCAAAGCUUCAGUAGCCGUACAUUCCCCACAGAAGAGCACUAAAAACCAUGCCUUGCUGGAAGCUGCAGGACCAAGUCAUGUUGCAAUCAAUGCCAUUUCUGCCAACAUGGACUCCUUUUCAAGCAGCAGAACAGCAACGCUUAAGAAGCAGCCAAGCCACAUGGAGGCUGCUCAUUUUGGGGACCUAGGCAGAUCCUGUCUGGACUAUCAAACUCAAGAGACCAAAUCCAGUCUUUCAAAGACCCUUGAACAGGUCUUACGUGACUCUGUUGUCCUCCCAUAUUUCCUCCAGUUUAUGGAGCUUCGGAGAAUGGAGCACCUGGUGAAAUUUUGGUUAGAGGCUGAAAGUUUUCACUCUACAACUUGGUCCCGAAUAAGAGCACACAGUCUGAACACAGUGAAACAGAGUUCAUUGGCUGAGCCUGUCUCUCCAUCUAAAAAGCCCGAGACAACGUCAGCAUCUUUUGUAACUGAGUCUCUGGACAAGAGGUUGGGGGAUUCUAGUUCAGCCCCACUGCUCGUGACUCCACCAGAAGGAAUUGACCUGAGUGGUAGAACUCAGAACACUCAGAAUCACUUGCUGCUUUCCCAGGAAUGUCACAGUGCCCCUUCUCUCCAUCUUGAAAUGGCCAGAACAGGAGCUCCUCAAAUCUCCACAGACUCCCGAGAAUCCUCCCCCAGACUUACAGUAGCCAGUAGAAAUAGCCCCUCUUCUCCACUGCGAGAACUGUCAGGAAAACUCAUGAAAAGUAUAGAACAAGAUGCAGUGAAUACUUUUACCAAAUAUAUAUCUCCAGAUGCUGCUAAACCAAUACCAAUUACAGAAGCCAUGAGAAAUGAUAUCAUAGCAAAGAUUUGUGGAGAAGAUGGACAGGUGGAUCCCAACUGUUUCGUUCUGGCACAGGCUGUAGUCUUUAGUGCAAUGGAGCAAGAGCACUUUAGUGAGUUUCUGCGAAGUCACCAUUUCUGUAAAUAUCAGAUUGAAGUGCUCACCAGUGGGACUGUUUACCUGGCUGACAUCCUCUUCUGUGAGUCAGCCCUCUUUUAUUUCUCUGAGUACAUGGAAAAAGAAGAUGCAGUGAAUAUCUUACAGUUCUGGUUAGCAGCAGAUAAUUUCCAAUCUCAGCUUGCUGCCAAGAAGGGCCAGUAUGAUGGACAGGAAGCACAGAAUGAUGCCAUGAUUUUGUAUGACAAGUACUUUUCCCUCCAAGCCACACACCCUCUUGGAUUUGAUGAUGUUGUCCGAUUAGAAAUUGAGUCCAAUAUCUGCAGGGAAGGUGGGCCGCUUCCUAACUGUUUCACGACUCCAUUACGUCAGGCCUGGACAACGAUGGAGAAGGUGUUUUUGCCUGGUUUUCUGUCCAGCAAUCUUUAUUACAAAUAUUUGAAUGACCUCAUCCAUUCAGUUCGAGGAGAUGAAUUUCUUGGAGGAAACAUUUCACUGGCUGCUCACGGCUCUGCCUGCCUUCCUGAAGAGUCUCACUCAGGUGGUUCCGAUGGCUCCUCUGCUCAGUCCAGUGUGAAAAAAGCCAGUAUUAAAAUUCUGAAAAAUUUUGAUGAAGCAAUAAUUGUGGAUGCUGCAAGUCUGGAUCCAGAAUCUUUAUAUCAACGGACAUAUGCAGGGAAGAUGUCCUUUGGAAGAGUCAGUGACUUGGGGCAGUUCAUCCGGGAAUCUGAGCCUGAGCCUGACGUAAAGAAAUCUAAAGGAUUCAUGUUCUCACAAGCUAUGAAGAAGUGGGUGCAAGGAAAUACUGAUGAGGCUCAAGAGGAACUAGCUUGGAAGAUUGCCAAAAUGAUAGUGAGUGAUGUUAUGCAGCAGGCACACUGUGAUCAACCAUUGGAGAAAUCUACGAAGCUGUGACUCAAAACCAGAGAUAAGAAAAUAUGAUUUUGAAAGAACUUUUCCCUUUGGUUGGAUUCCUCAACACAGCCAAUGAAAACGGAGCACUGCAAUUCUUUCCACUGCUAGAUCACUGUUGUGUCCAAGAAAGAAUGCGAGACAGUCCAAGAUCUGUUGUUAAAUGUAGACAUAGAUGCCCAUGAUGGUAGCAGUGAGUCACAAGAUGCAAAGUGGUAUCGGUGACAUUACUAGACAAUUAGUUUGCCAGUAGCUGUAACCCACUAUGAGAGAGUUACCCACUGGAAUAGCCUGGGACCACAUCCUGUGUGAGGCAGAAAGUGUGAGUUGGCGUGUGGGCCACAUGCUUGCAGCAGCCUCCAUCCUUAGCAGUGUCAGAAAGCACGAGAAAAGGUGCUUGUUUUUGUCCUCCUGAAAUUCACAGGUGAGUCAGUUCAACCGGAGCCUGCAGCUCCAAGUGGCGAUGUGGGCCAGCAGCUUGUGGAGCAGGUGACGAUCCCUUGUGUAGUCUUCCUUCACAGAGGCAUUAAUUUAGAAAGAGCAACAAGUCAUGGGUCAGGCCUUGUGAUGUCAUCCUUCUCUUUGGUGACAGACACAAUUUUCACAUUUCAUUCACUCCUGUGAUGUUAUAUCCUUAAAGCUAGUCUCUCCUCUGCUAGCAAAAGGGCAAAUUUAGUUUACUUUGAACAUCAAGACCCAUUCCUCCAUAGGAAUGCCAUGCUCCCGAUACUUCAUUCCCUCUUCGGAAUACACGUGGGAAAAAAUAACUAUGACUCCAGUUUUUCCCAUGUGGUACUUGGAACACAUUCUCAGAUUUGAUUUUAUUUUUUUAAUAAGGCGGGGAAAGAAGCACUCGCUUUUGAGUGUCUCCACAAUUCUUCACUGUGAGUGGCAAAUAUGCAGUUGCCUUUCCCUUUCUGUCUUCAGACAGUCGGAAGGAAACUCACUCGCUGCCCUUCUGCUUAGUUGGCUUUGCACCUGUAGCACGGUCGUUGGUGGGGCCACCCAGUUGGCAAGCACACUCCCCUGGCCAUAUGGUGCCAGUGCUUCCUGUAUGUGACAGUUUAAAGAGAAAGGAAGUUUUCUUAGGUGUUACUGCUUUUGCUCAAAGUUUGCAAAAGAAUAUAUUUAUGUGUGUGUAUAUAUAUAUAUAAUUAUUAAUCACCUCUGUCCUUGGGAAAGUCUUGAAUGAAUAGAGAAUUUAUUUCAUUGCAAUAUUGAUUGUAUAGAGGCACACUGUUUAUCAACAGAAGAAACAAAAAGGCUGUGUAUAAGUUUUUGGUACUGUGUACCACCUCUGUUAUUCUGAAGUAUUCAUGUACCUAAACUAUAUUCUAUUUAAUUGUGUUUGAUUUUAAAUAUAUAUAUAUAUAUGAAUUAUAUUUAAAAUGGUGUCAACUUCCUGCUUUUAGGGCAUUUAUGGCUCUUCUUUUGAAAUAUAUUGACCCUUCCUAAUAUUUCCAUUCACUUUAUAAAACCCCAGAAUAUGAUCCACUACUGGACAUAGUCUUGUCUUUGUAUGUAGACAUAGAUGAGAGGUGUUUUUUUUUUUUCAAUAUAUGUGCUAUGGUGGCUCAUUUUGUUCUUUUAGCCAAAUAUUUCUGUCCAUUUCACAUUGCUUCAAACUUAAGUGAAAAGCAAUAUAAAGAUCAUAGAGUAAAAUGUGAUUCUGGGUGACUCCUCCCGCCUCUGCAUGUAUUAAACAUUUCUGUAAUACUCUAGGCUAUUUUAACUAGUGCUUUUUGUUAAAAUACUUUCUAGUGAUCUCUUUGUCUGCAUUUUGUGUAUUCGAGCUAGAGAUGUCAGUAUUUAUAAGCUAUGUCUAAGGGGAAAUGAGCAAAAUUGAGAUUGAUUUUGUUUUCUGCUCUGCCUGCUGUGAGGUAUAGAAGCAGAGUGACCCAAAGCGAUUACACCAACUGUAUGUUAGGUCCUUGACCUCAUUUUAAAAUUAGCAUAAAAUUGACCUAACAUUGAGCACCCACCGUGUUCUAUGCAGUGUCUAUCCACAAAAAGAUGCCCUGGCAGGGAUUUUAGGUCUAAAGCAUUUGAACUUCGCUCUUACCAUGCCAUUGAUGUCAGCAGGUUGUUAAAGUCACCUUACCAAUGCGAGCGUGACAACAUUGUGAUUUGGCUUGUCUUCAUCAUUCCUAUAGGAGAUGAUGAACAUGAAAGCAGGUGUCAGCCAUGUCCAGUGAAGAGCAGUGGAGCAGGAAACAGCCUUUUCUGCUUGAGUUCCAGUACCCAGUAAGGCUUUUUGAGAUGUAAACUGUUUACACUACUAGAACUUUUGACUAGUUCCACAGAUACUUUAUGAGAAGGAGGACUCUGAACUGUAGAGAAUCACAGACUUCAUCGCUGUUGUUUUUUGUUUUCUGAGACAAGGUUUCACUGUGUAGUCCAGGCUUUAGCCUCCCCAAAUCUGGGGAUUACAGGUACAGCCUCCAUACCAGGCUUCUUUGCUGGUUUAUUUCAGUGUCAACAACUGAGCCCCUGAUGUAGCAGCCGAUAUCUCUAAAGGCCCUGUGGAGACUCUGCCUGGCUCAGCACCCUCAGUGGCUUUCUAUCCUCACCCUCGUCACUCUUCUCCUCAUUGGCUGUUUAAGCCAGGGAUGACCUGACUGGAAUGCCCAAAGAUGGUUCUGUAUUUUAUGGCUUUUGAUGGAGACACCUGGGAAGAUGGCCUGGGUGAUGACUUAGAUGGCUACUUCCCAAGGCAGGAGUUGGCUCUGGUGAACAAGCCUGAGAGCCAGGAGGCCUUGGUAAACCUGGAGGUGCCCUGGUUUCUUCAUCCAGUCCUGUAUCCUUGCCUUGGUCUUCAUUCAUCCUUGGGCUAUACUUAAAAUGCAUCUGGAUUUUUUUUUUAAUGUUUAUCGAAGUGACUUGUUACUACAUGCAACAGAAAGGAUUUUGACUAAAGGACUACCAUAGUGUUCUAAAUUAUAAUAACAUGUGUUCAGCACACUGCUAAUUACUAUGACAUUUUAGAGCAGAAUUUUUCUGUAGUAAGCCUUCCUUGCUCAUCUUGUGUAUACUGUUGAAAUGGAAUCCUAACCUGGAACUGAGGCACUUGAUCUUUUUAGUAAGAUGUUACUCGGGCCUUAGAAAGGCUCCUGACCUAUUGCAGGAUGGCCACCAUCGGAGCUCAUGCAUCCUAGGCCAGGGCCUCUUCAUGUUUCCCCAUUCUCUGCCUAAGAAUAAGCUUGAUUCCCCACUCUUAGCUGUAACCAAGCCAGAAAUAGAAGGCAUUUCAACUAGUGUGUGCCCAGUACACACUUGAAAGUAGGAGAAACAGCAGCUCAUGAGACCUGUAGGUGUUGAGCACAUCUGUAUACCAGGCUACCCCUUUGGCCUGUGGUUGGAGCCAUAAAGCAGUAAGUAAACGACUUGAAGUAAGCGGCCCAAACUUGAAGGGGUCACAUUAAUAGCUGUGCUGCCCUUUGAGUCCUUUCCAGGUGGGCACUGAGGGACUGCCUCUUUGCUUGGGUAGGGGUGGGAGUUGCUUUGAGUAGGAGGAAUAGUGCUGUGCCCUGGACAGGCGGGAAAGGCCGCAGAGGGUGUUUACGGUGCUGGUGUCUGUUUAGGGAAGGCCUCCCUGGGAACACAGGAAGCUCAGUAUUCAUGACUUGGCAACUUGUGCAUGUAACCUUGGUUCACUACACGGUGACCUGCUCUGACACACUAAGGAUGCUGUAGAACUUAAACAGGGUGCAUAGUGAUUGACACCUGAGGAACCAGAGACUGGGGUAAGAGAGCGCAAAGAAAUCUCUGGGCUAAAGAGCUGUUUCCCAAGGAUGAAUGAGAGAUGAGGAUUUAGCCUUGUUUCUGCUUUCAGGGUUUUUUUUAAUAUUUAUUUAUUUAUUUAUUUAUUUAUUUAUUUAUUUAUUUAUUAUGUAUACAGUGUUCUGUCUGUGUAUAUGCCUGCAGGCCAGAAGAGGGCACCAGACCUCAUUCCAGAUAGAACCACCAUGUGGUUGCUGGGAAUCGAACUCAGGACCUUUGGAAGAGCAGGCAAUGCUCUUAACCACUGAGCCAUCUCUCCAGCCCCUGGUUUCAGGUUUUGAAGGCCAACUUUUUUUGGGGGGGGGGGUUGGUUUUUCGAGACAGGGUUUCUCUGUAGCUUUGGAGCCUGUCCUGGAACUAGCUCUGUAGACCAGGCUGGCCUCGAACUCACAGAGAUCCGCCUGCCUCUGCAUCCCAAGUGCUGGGAUUAAAGGCGUGCACCACCACCGCCCGGUUUCGAAGGCCACUAAACGUGCCUUCAGGCUGGUCCCUAACCCAAACCCACCUCUGCCUAAAUCUUAGUAGGAACCCCACCCCCGGUCGUGAAAGAGGCACUGACCACCCUGUGUGUUGGCAGCUAUAAUCCCAGAACACAGGAGGCUAAGAUGGAAGAAUCACAAGUUUGAGGCCAGCUUUAAUGAAAUUCAGUCUCAAAAGUGAAAGCAGGUGCUGGAGGUACUGCCCAGCAGUUAACUGCUCUUGUUAUGUCCAGUGGCUCACAGCCACCAGCUCCAGGGGGUCCCUCACGUCCAGCCUUUAUGUGCGCCUUCAUUCACACACACAUAUCCACAUACAGGCAUACAUAUGUCCACAUAAUGUAAGUGAAAAGAGUUUGUAACUGAAAGAAAUGCCUGGCUGCGACCUGGUCCUGCCCAUUAUAGCUCUAAAUGGUAGCCACCAAAGCUCAACUGGCAUACCCAGAUUUUUGUUUUGUUUUGUUUUGUCAAAGAGCAGCUUUUGUUCCUCCUAAUUAGCAACUAGUUUGGUGAGUGCUUAUCUGUAGAUACUGUUUUUAGUUCAGUGAGAGAGGAGAAAAUAGAAUGAACUUCCAGAACCCUUAGAGCUCAGAUUCUACUAAGAAGGAACCAGAAGUUGAAAGUUGCAUCUAAAACAUGCUGGGCUAGGGUGUUUUUCCCCCCCAGUGGUAAAAUGCAUAUUUAGCAUAUAUGGGACUCCAGGUUUCAUCCUUAGCACUAAUAAAUAAAAUAUGUACUAGUAUUUUUGACUUGGGUACCUAGAGCCCUAUUGGGAGUCACCACUCUCCCAUACCUUUCCAGUGUCACCAUUCCACAAGGACCAGCACCAGACCAUUCCAUUCCAUUUACUUGCUGAAGGACUCUAUGUUUGGGCACCUGGUCACAUGUUGAACAGGGUAUAAACAACUUUAUGUCUGACCAGCAAGGCCAUUUCUGUACAGGAUGACGAAUACAGUGUAGGAUUGGCCUUGACCUCAAGGAUCCUUGGAGAACUUUGGGACACACCAACUCUUAGAAUCUAGAAACAUGAAGACUAAGUUUAUCACACACACACACACACACACACACGAUAUAAAAUCAUGGCCUUGGAAAAACCUAGCUGGGAAUCAAACUACUCCAUGAAAUGGUGGGCUUUGUGAAUCUUCUUUAUUCCUAAUAAUAGCCAGCAUAAUUGACCACUUAGAUGUGCUAAGCACUGUCUCAGCUCUUUGACAAUCUUAUAAGGUAAGUACUGUUUUCUUUCUUACAUUAUAAAUGAGACUACAGCUGGAAGGGUAGAGUAAUCUCCAGGAUUGCACAGCCAGGGGCAAACCAGUUAGCCCCCUUUCUACUGCUGUGAUGGGUGCUGGCACUCAUCACUGACUAGUAUAGUAGAUGUCAAAGGUUUAAGAAAAACUUAAGCUGGGUGUGGCAGUACACAUCUAUAAUCCUAGCUUUUAGGAGAUAGAAACAGGAAGAUCUAGGUCAUCCUCAGCUGUAUAGCAUGGACAGCCUGAGCUGUGCAGUUCCUGUCUUAAGAAAAGGAAGGAAAAGGAUUCCAACCUUACAGCACUAGGUUUUUGUUUGUUUGUUUUUGAUUGUUUUGAGGUGGUCUCGAGCACAUCAGGCUGGCUUCCUAUUUCCUGUGUGGAAGCGGAUGACUUGGAACUCUGUAAUCUCCUACCUCCCGGGACAGCACUACAGGCAUGUAAAAACACUAGUUUAUGGGGUGCUGAUAAUCAAACUCAGGACUUAGGACAUGUUAGGCAAGGAUUCUCCCAUCAGAGCUGUGUGCCCAGCCUGAAAAGCACUGUUCUGAGCUUUCAUGUGCACUUGAAUCCCCAGGAAGACUUGUUAGCUCUCAGGCUGCCUCUUCUGACGAACCUCUAAGAGUUCUGACUUAGCAGGACUGGGUGAGACUGUAGAAUUUUCAUUCUCAUCAGAUCUCGGCUGCUGCUACUGUUGCUGCUAGGAAUAGUUUUGAGAAUCACUACCCAAAAAGUUUCCCUGAUGCCGGGGAAAUGAUUAUUUUCAUUCUGUGUUUCUAGAAGUGCCACGCUAUGCAGAAAUGUAAUUUAAUUCCUGCUUUUGACUCCCUGAGAAUGGUACCUAUCAUCUUUCACUAACGUCCAGAUGUUUAUCAGAUCCGAGAACAUCCAAACAUCACUCCUCAGUCUUUAUGUCCUGUUUGUCUCUCAGCUCCUUGAUUCUGGCUGCCUUCUAAGGUCCUGCCCAUGCUUCCUGGCCUGUUCUCCUUUGCUGGCCGUCUUUCCAUAGACAGCCGGUGUCUCGUUCUCCAGUUCUUUAUCCUUAGGGCUAUUCUAUUCCCAGCAGUUCCCUGGGCAGAAAUCCUGCAGUCUAGAAAACAAGUAUUGUCAAUUCAGUGCCAAGUGUUUUGAAAGAGGGAGGAGCCUGUUGGGGUAGGUUAGGUGUAUUUCUCCAUCUCUUCCCUUAGUCAUUCUCUAGAAUUUGCCCAUUCUGCACCUUGCUCUUUUAUUUGAUGCCAUUUUUCUCACAGUCCUGAUUCUCUCAGACAAUUCUCAAGCCCGCUUACCGGACCAGGGCUCAGUUUCAGCAUGCUCCAUGAACAUUGCUCCUGGCUAGUGAGAUAUCCACAUUCAGGUCCUUGCUGCUUGGAGGCUGACCUCGUUGCUAUCUGGCCAGCUCCAAGCUCCUGGGGAACAGCAGGAAUGUCUCUCUUGCCCCUUCCCCAGAAAGUUUUUGGUACACUAUUCCCAGCUUUUUCACAGCUUUAUGUACAUCUCAAGAAACAUCACAGUCUAUGGCUGCCCGACGAUCUGGUCCCCACCUCCACCACGCCCCUGUAACUAAGCUUGCCGGUUCCUGAAACUUCCGCCUCUGCUGACUCCACAUGUUUUUAACCCGCACUAGCCUCAGAAAGGCAAGAUUUGUAUAGUUUGGGGUUUCUCCUACAGGAAUGAAUCGAGAGGGGUAUUGUGUUUUUGUUUUUCUUUUUCAUAUUGUUUUUAUUUUGUUUUGUUUGUGAAGGCAGGGUAGAGUCCAGGGAAACAUCCCCUCCAUACUACAUUUGCAAACCAUCCUUUCAAAGAGCUAUUUCAAAAGCAAUAAGCAAGUGGUUCUGUGGUGAGGAUGACAAACACGCCCUCAGGGUAGGUCAAGGGUGAGGAGGAGAGUUCUACUGGUCCAGACUCCAUGGAAGAAUGUCAGGCAUGUGUCUUUAAAGUGCUGUAUCUGAAAACAACUUAGAUACAAGCCAAGGAGAUCUACUUCAAGAAACUAGCUGCAGAUAUGAAGACAUUGGUGCAUAAGAUGCUUAUGGAGAAUUUGAAGAGAAUUGUUAUUUAAUUUGAGAAUGGGGGG